AUGGCUGUUGGUGGUCAUCUGUUUUUUCUACUGGUCAGUUUUGGAUUUGUGACGUCUGUAGAAAGAGGCUUCGUGUAUUGUCCGGCCUACCCAUGCAAGUGUGAGUCUGUGGACGGAGCUCUGGUGAUCAACUGUAGGCAUCUCUACUUGUUAUCACUGCCCAAGUUUCUCUCUUUCGAGGGAAGGAUCAAAGAGCUUUCGUUGAGGUAUAACAACAUCCGACAUCUUCCCGCCAACGGCUUUCAAGGUCUGCAUAUUGAGGACUUAGACUUGCUGGACAAUGCAGUCACUUCCGUUGACCAGGAUGCAUUCACAGGACUGGAAAACUCUCUGAGGUCGCUGUCCUUACAAGUUUACGCCAUGUAUGGCCUGCCUACAAUGACCCUUUCUCGGCUUUCUUCGCUACAAAGUUUGAGUAUUAUUGGAUGUAACCAGCGGGAGAUUCUGCCUGAUCUCUUUCAGAACCUGUCUGCUUUGGAAGAGCUUCAUUUGAUCGGCUGUCGAAUAGCUCGCAUUCAGCCUGGAGCCUUAUCUCCGAUGUUUCAUCUGAAGACUCUUGUAUUAUCACAGAACGCACUUGAAAGUCAACACCAUGCAGAGAUAAGUCAGCUGAAAAAUCUAAUGACAUUAGAUCUCUCAUCCAAUAAUAUACAGAGUCUCAGCAGUCUCAUGUUCCCAAGCUUCUCCAAGUUGAAAAGCUUGAAUGUCGCCUCCAAUAAUUUGACAUGGAUCGCUAAAGAAACGUUCUACAAUCUGGACUUUUCUUUGGAAGAGCUUGAUCUGCGAGACAACCACAUUGUCGACGAGGUUCUUGGCUCCCUUGCCAACUUGCGGUUACUGUUGCGAUUGGAUAUUAGCGACAAUAAUAUCUACAAUCUGUCCGGUGAGUACUUCUCCGGAAUGAGAUAUCUACAGAUCCUGAAAGUUGCCAACAACAAGGUAAAAAGUAUUGGCAGACAUAGUUUUUAUGGACUUGGGCCAUCUUUGCUGGAAUUGGACCUUCACGGUAAUCCUCUGGAUUUAAUAAAACCAGGGACAUUUGUGGAUUUUCGUGUGUUGGAAAAGUUAAACUUACGACACACGAAACUUGGCAGGACAUUUGGACCAUACACGUUUACUGGACUGUCGCAUUCGCUAAAAUACCUUGAUAUCAGCAUGUCAGAACUGAUUACCGAUGACCUCCAGGCCUUUUCAUGCUUAACAAAUAUCACCGACCUGGAUGUAAGUAGCAACAACAUCUGCAGCAUUGACAUGACAGUUCUGACGAUAUGGAGCCAACUAACACGUGCUAAUUUCUCCAACAACAACGUAUCCACGUUUGUCACCGGUCAUCUCUCAGUUUCUGGGUCAUCCUUGGAGACAUUAGACCUGUCUGGGAAUAAUAUCCAGGCAAUCCAUGAAUGCGGUUUCUUUGUCUUCAGAAAUCUUCGUGACGUCUACUUACAUGGCAACCCUCUUGCUUGUAAUUGUAGUUCAUCUUGGCUGUACAGGUGGCUACAGAUUCGACAUGUAAGCCCGGAUCAAAGCACUCACAGGUGGACAUGCUCUAGUCCAGCAUUCUUGCAAGAUUCAUAUUUCUCGGACUUGGAGUUUUCAGACCUCAAGUGUCCACCAUCACUAGAUCAGGAAGACCAGUGUUUUAAGUUAUACGACACCCCACUUCCUCACGACAUCUUGUUUGAAACCAGAAUUGUAUCCUUGAAUUCUACGCCGCCCUGCGAGUCUUUAUGUUUGAAUAUCUCGCGACCAGAUACGAAUUAUGUCUAUGUGGAAUGGCUAGCGAAAAAACUUCAAUGGGGAUUAUGUGUAUAA